AUGCUACAUCCGAUUACAGUGCCGCCGUCUGGCCUGGGUACGGACGCCUGCACGGAGGACUGCUUGCUGCGCCACGCCCAGUUCGUGGUGGACCAGGUGCAGAGCUUCGACCUGGCUGGCGGUGACGAGGAGGCGCAGCUGCUCACCACCGCCUGUAUUACAGUGCCGCCGUCUGGCCUGGGUACGGACGCCUUCACGGAGGACUGCUUGCUGCGCCACGCCCAGUUCGUGGUGGACCAGGUGCAGAGCUUCGACCUGGCUGGCGGUGACGAGGAGGCGCAGCUACUCACCACCGCCUGUCUGAAGCAGGGGCCGCGCCGCACGCGCUGUGGGGUGUGUGAGGCCUGCCAGCAGCCCGACUGCGGCGACUGCAAACACUGCCGCGACAUGGUGAAGUUCGGCGGCAGCGGCCGGAGCAAGCAGUGCUGCAUCAACCGCAGGUGUCCAAACAUGGCGAUUGAGGAGGCGGAGGACUCUGACGGCGGUGAGGACGAGGAGGACGACUCGACGAGGACGGCGGCGCUGGCGGCGGCGGAGCGAACACACCGCGUGCGGCGCCACUCCCUCAGUACGAGCUGGGCCGGCGAGCCGCGCGGUACCCACGCCGCCAGGACUUACUACAGCUCGGUGGAUGUCAACGGCGAGCGUCUGUCGGCGGGUGACUGUGUGGUGGUGGAGGCCGAGGCGGCCGGCCAGCUGCCGUACGUGGCCCGACUAGUGUACAUGUGGGAGACGGCCUCCGGACAGCGCUGCUACCACGCCGCCUGGUUCUGCCGGGGCCAGGAGACCCUGCUUGGAGAGACGGCCGACCCUGCCGAACUGUUCGUCACGGACGAGUGUGAGGACAUGCCCCUCGAGUCCAUCACACGCAAGGCGCGAGUCCUGGAUCGGAGCGACGCGCGCUGCUGGUUCCAGCAGCGCGAGUCGUUCCACGUACCAGAGAACGAGUCGGAUACGCUCUGGUUCCAGAAAAAGUACCGGCCGGAGCACGGCCGGUUUGAGGACGUGGCGGCGGAGCCGGUGGCCAUCGACGGCCGGCUCAACUUCUGCCCGUUCUGUGAGCAGCUCCGUCUGGUGGAGCUAAGCAAGGUGCCCGCCGUGGAGAGCCGAAUGGAUGACGAGCCAGGGAGGAACGAGACGCGCUUCGGCCAGGUGCGCUGCGGCGGCGAGACAUACUCGGUGGGCGAGUGUGUCUUCCUGGACCCCGCCGCCUUCUCUCUGCGCCGGCGGCAGGCCUGGGUCAAGACAGCCAAGACGUGCGACGUUUCGCAGGUGGACGAGGAACUCUACCCUGAAUACUACCGCAAGGCCACCAGCUACGUGAAGGGUUCCAACGAGGAGACGCCGGACCCAUUCCGCAUCGGCCGCAUCAGCAGCAUCUUCACGAACAGAACAGGGAGCAACGCGGAGGCGGGCGACGUUUUCCUCCGCGUGACCAAGUUCUACCGAGGAGAGGACACAUUCCGGGGCACGGAGGGCUCGCAGCACAGCGACCUGCACAUGAUCUACUACAGUAGCGAGGAGGUGUCGGUGGCGUUCGGUCACGUGAUGGGCAAGUGUCACGUGGUGUACGGUGGCAACCUGACCUGCUCGCCGGAGGAGUACCGCCGCUGUGGACCUCACCGCUUCUACUUCCUCGAGGCGUACGACGCUGACGGCAAGAGCUUCACCGAGCCGCCGCCGGCCGCCAAACGCAUGGGACUCCUCAGAAAGGGUCAGGGCAAGGGUAAGGGUGCGGCGGCGCAGCGGGCGGUGCCGCCGCCGCCCGAACACCCGGUCGUGGCGCCGCUCCGCGCGCUCGACGUGUUCGCCGGCUGCGGCGGCCUCUCCGCCGGACUGCACCAAGUGGGCGUGGCCGUCAGCCAAUGGGCGAUCGAAAUAAACCAGCCGGCGGCCAACGCGUACCGGCUCAACAACCCGCAGGCCACGGUGUUCUCGGAGGACUGCAACCACCUGCUGCAGCUGGCCAUAGACGGUGCAGAGCAGAACGCCAGCGGCCAGCGGCUGCCGAAGCCGGGGGAGGUGGACCUGCUGUGCGGCGGGCCGCCGUGCCAGGGCUUCUCCGGCAUGAACCGCUUCAACUCCCGACAGUACUCGCAGUUCAAGAACUCGCUGAUCGUCAGCUUCUUGAGCUUCUGCGACUUCUACCGGCCAAAAUAUUUCAUCCUGGAGAACGUGCGCAACUUCGUUUCCUACAAGGCCAACAUGGUGCUGAAGCUGACGCUGGCCUGUUUGCUGAAGAUGGGCUAUCAGUGCGGCUUUGGUGUACUGCAGGCGGGCAACUACGGCGUCCCUCAGACGCGCCGCAGGGCGAUCAUCAUGGCCUCGGCGCCCGGCUUCCGCCUGCCCCUGCACCCGGAGCCCCAGCACGUGUUCUCGCUGAGGGCCUCCUCGCUGGCCGUGGUCAUGGAGGACACCAAGUACGCGCCCACGUGCCGGUGGUCGCAGUCGGCGCCAUACCGGACUGUGACUGUGCGGGACGCCAUGUCUGACCUGCCAGAGAUCCUGAACGGCGAGAAGCACGAACAGAUGCCGUACGACCGCGACGCCAGCUCGCACUUCCAGAGAGUGAUGCGGGCCGGCCAGGAGACGGCGCUGCUGCGCGACCACGUGUGCAAGGAGAUGGCGCCACUCAUCGCAGCGCGCAUCCGCCACGUGCCGACGGCGCCGGGCAGCGACUGGCGCGACCUGCCCAACCUGGCAGUCCGCCUCAGCGAUGGCACCACCUCGCGCCUCCUGCUCUACACACAGCACGACAAGAAGAACGGCCGCUCGGCCGGCGGCCGGCUGCGCGGCGUGUGCGCAUGCGCGGCCGGCCGGCCUUGCGACCCGGCCGACCGGCAGUACGGCACUCUGCUGCCCUGGUGCCUGCCACACACGGGCAACAGGCACAACCACUGGGCCGGCCUGUACGGGCGGCUCGAGUGGGACGGCUUCUUCUCCACCACCGUCACCAACCCCGAGCCGAUGGGCAAGCAGGGUCGCGUGCUGCAUCCGGAGCAGCACCGCGUGGUUAGCGUGCGCGAGUGUGCCCGAUCCCAAGGCUUCCCGGACUCGUACCGGUUCUUCGGCAGCACGCUCGAGAAGCACCGACAGAUCGGUAACGCCGUACCGCCGCCGAUGGCCGCCGCCAUCGGUCGCGAGAUCCAGCGCUCGCUGGCGCUGUCGGCCCGGCGCGGUAUAUGCUGUGUGCCCGAGCCGCGUGCUAUGUAG